UUUAUCUAAAGGAAGUUGUGCAUGCUGUCUAGGUGUAUGUUGUGCAAACAUUAGUUCUACAGCCACAUGGCAGCUGAGGCUGCUUCACUAUAUCACCAUGGAAAUGUAGAAUUGCAAAGGGGGAAAAUGGAUUUCCUAAGAAGAGCUGCCCCAGCUGUAGUGUCUGGAGACGUGGCCCUGGAUGUAGGAGGCACUGUUCGUGAAAAUUUGCCAAGGCUUUUAAAGAUGAAGCGUUUUAGCUUAUUAUCCAUGGGACAUACUAUUGAUGAAGAGGAUCCUGUACAGAACCCUGGGGGUUUCAAGUUGCAUAGGUCAAAUAGGAAUCAUUUCAAAGCAUCAGCCCCGGUGAGCAACAUUAAUAGACGUCGAGGUCCUCCUGGGUACAGCUCUGCCUGGGAUAAGAGUGCCAUCAUGUCUAAUAUCACCAUUGACCCAGAACUCAAACCUGGGGAAUAUGUCAUCAAGAGUCUCUUUGCUGAGUUUACAGUCCAAGCUGAGAAGAAGAUUGAAGUUGUGAUGACAGAGUCUUUGGAGAAGUUAUUAUCCAAAACUCUACAAAGAGGUGAAGAUGCACAAUUUGAUCAGUUAAUAAGCUCUAUGAGCUCAAUAGCAGAACACUGUCUACCUUCCUUACUUCGCACCUUGUUUGACUGGUACAAGCGUCAGAACGGAACUGAAGAUGAAUCUUACGAGUAUAGGCCUCGUGCCAGCACAAAAUCAAAAGCUGAUGAACAGCAUCGAGACAAAGAUUAUCUGCUGGAGAGGAGAGAUUUAGCCAUUGAUUUCAUUUUUUGUUUAGUUUUAGUUGAAGUUUUAAAACAGAUUCCUGUUCAUCCAGUCCCAGAUAAUUUGGUACAUGAAGUUCUGAACUUGGCUUUUAAGCACUUUAAACACAAGGAAGGGUAUUCAGGUCCCAACACUGGCAAUGUCCACAUCAUUGCUGAUUUGUAUGCAGAAGUGAUUGGAGUUCUAACACAAUCAAAGUUUCAAGCUGUCCGAAAGAAGUUUAUGACUGAGUUAAAAGAGCUUCGUCAGAAAGAACAAAGCCCGCAUGUUGUGCAAAGUAUCAUCAGCCUAAUAAUGGGAAUGAAAUUCUUCCGUGUGAAGAUGUAUCCUGUUGAAGAUUUUGAAGCUUCUUUCCAGUUUAUGCAGGAAUGUGCCCAGUAUUUUCUGGAAGUUAAAGACAAAGACAUUAAACAUGCACUUGCUGGUCUGUUUGUGGAAAUCCUGAUUCCUGUAGCUGCUGCUGUUAAAAAUGAAGUUAAUGUGCCAUGUUUAAAGAAUUUUGUGGAAAUGCUUUAUCAAACCACCUCUGAGCUGAGCUCAAGAAAAAAACACUCACUGGCGCUUUAUCCCCUGGUUACAUGCCUGCUGUGUGUUAGUCAAAAACAGUUUUUUCUUAACAACUGGCAUAUAUUUCUACAGAACUGUCUAUCACAUUUAAAGAAUAAGGAUCCCAAAAUGUCACGAGUUGCACUAGAGUCCUUGUACAGAUUGCUGUGGGUUUAUGUAAUCAGAAUAAAAUGUGAAAGUAACACAGUUACUCAGAGUCGUCUUUUGAGCAUAGUAUCAGCACUUUUUCCAAAAGGGUCCCGCAGUGUAGUUCCUAGGGAUACACCUUUAAAUAUCUUUGUUAAAAUCAUUCAGUUCAUUGCCCAGGAAAGACUAGACUUUGCCAUGAAAGAAAUUAUCUAUGACUUGCUUUGUGUUGGGAAAUCGCAUAAGACAUUUACAAUAAACCCAGAGAGAAUGAACAUAGGUUUGAGAGCUUUCUUGGUGAUAGCCGACAGUCUACAGCAGAAGGACGGAGAACCACCAAUGCCUACAACUGGAGUUGUUUUGCCUUCUGGGAACACAUUGAGAGUUAAAAAGGUCUUUCUCAAUACUACUUUAACAGAUGAAGAGGCAAAAGUUAUUGGCAUGUCACUGUAUUAUCCUCAAGUAAGAAAAGCACUAGAUAAUAUUCUACGGCACCUUGAUAAGGAAGUAGGAAGGUCUAUGAGUAUGACCAAUGUGCAGAUGUCAAAUAAGGAGCCUGAAGACAUGAUCACUGGUGAACGAAAGCCAAAGAUCGACUUGUUCAGGACAUGUGUAGCAGCUAUACCAAGGUUGAUUCCAGAUGGUAUGAGCAGAGCAGAUCUGAUUGAACUUCUUGCAAAGUUAACUAUCCACAUGGAUGAGGAGCUGCGACAGCAUGCCUUUACUACGCUACAAGCUCUAAUGCUUGAUUUUCCUGAGUGGCGAGAAGAUGUGCUUUCCGGAUUUGUGUAUUUCACUGUGCGAGAAGUUACUGAUGUUCAUCCCACACUCCUGGAUAAUGCUGUGAAAAUGCUAAUCCAGCUUAUUAGCCAGUGGAGGCAAGCAGUACAGUCAAGUAACAAGAGUCAAGAGACUCAGACAUGUGCACCAAAUUGUGGAUCUCACUCCCUGGCUCUUGAAAAGACCCCUUCUUCCAGUGUAUUUCAUAUAGUAGAAGGUUUUGCUCUAGUGGUGCUUUGUAGUUGCCGCCCAGCUACCAGAAGGUUAGCAGUCAAUGUACUCCGUGAAAUUAGAGCACUGUAUACAGCCCUGGGAAUUUCAAAGGGUGAUGAAGAAUUAGCAAUUGAUGUGAUGGAUAGAGUCAGUGCCUCUGUCCUGGAGAGCUUCAUUCACCUUACAGGUGCAGAUCAGACUAAUCUUCUGUAUUGUCCCAGUGGGAUUGAUUUGCAAACUUUGGCUGAAUGGAGUUCGUCUCCUAUUAGCCACCAAUUUGAUGUAGUCAGUCCCUCCCACAUCUGGAUUUUUGCACAUGUAACUCAGGGCCAGGACCCCUGGGUAGUUAGCCUCUCCAGUUUUUUAAGACAGGAGAAUCUGCCCAAGCACUGUCCUACUGCACUGAAUUAUGCCUGGAUGUUUGCCUACACUCGGCUACAACUGCUGUCUCCACAAGUGGAUAUAAAUAGUCCAAUAAAUGCCAAGAAAGUGAACACAACCAGCAGCAGCGACUCUUACAUAGGACUGUGGAGGAAUUAUUUAAUUUUGUGCUGCAGCGCAGCAACUUCUGCCCCUUCCUCCACCUCAUCAGGGUCAGUGCGUUGCUCCCCUCCAGAGACGCUGGCGUCUACACCUGAUAGCGGAUACAGUAUAGACUCUAAGGUUAUUGGUAUACCGUCCCCGUCUUCAUUGUUUAAACAUGUAGUACCAAUGAUGCGUUCUGAGAGCAUGGAUAUCACUGAAUCUCUUGUCUUGGGGCUUGGCAGGACCAACCCUGUAGCAUUUAGAGAACUUCUAGAAGAAUUGAACCCAAUAAUUAAAGAAGCACUUGAAAGGAGACCAGAAAAUAUGAAGCGACGCAGGCGUCGAGAUAUUCUGCGAGUCCAACUUGUAAGAAUAUUUGAAUUGUUGGCAGAUGCUGGAGUCAUCAGUCAAACUGCAAGCAGUGGCCUUGACAAUGAAACACAUUCUCUUAACAACACUUUGUUGGAGUAUGUAGAUCUCACACGGCAGCUAUUGGAAGCCGAGAAUGAUAAAGACUCCGAUACCUUAAAGGAUAUCCGAUGUCAUUUCAGUGCCUUGGUGGCAAACAUUAUUCAGAAUGUUCCAGUUCAUCAAAGAAGGACCAUCUUCCCCCAGCAGAGCCUGCGGCAUAGUCUUUUUAUGUUGUUCAGUCACUGGGCUGGUCCGUUUAGUAUCAUGUUCACUCCUUUAGACCGAUACAGUGAUAGAAAUAUGCAAAUCAACAGACAUCAGUAUUGUGCAUUAAAGGCUAUGUCUGCUGUAUUGUGUUGUGGACCCGUGGCAGACAAUGUUGGCCUUUCUUCUGAUGGUUACCUAUACAAGUGGCUUGAUAAUAUAUUGGAUUCUCAGGACAAAAAGGUUCAUCACUUGGGCUGUGAAGCAGUCAUGCUGCUUCUGGAACUAAAUCCAGAUCAAAGCAAUCUUAUGUAUUGGGCAGUGGAUCGCUGUUACACCGGCUCAAGACGCGUUGCAUCUGGCUGCUUUAAGGCUAUUGCUAAUGUAUUCCAUAACAGGGAUUACCAAUUUGAUACAGUGGUUCUGCUCAAUCUAAUUCUUUUCAAAGCAGCUGAUUCAUCCAGAGACAUUUAUGAAGUUUCCAUGCAGCUUCUUCAGAUUUUGGAACCAAAAUUAUUUCGAUAUGCCCACAAACUUGAAAUUCAGCGGUCCGAUGGGAUAUUAAGUCAUCCAUCACCUUUGCCACACCUUUAUUCAGUGUCUUACUAUCAGCUAUCUGAAGAGCUAGCCAGGACUUACCCUGAGCUCACAUUGCCCAUCUUUUCUGAGGUAAGCCAGAGAAUUCAGACCGCACAUCCAGGGGGCCGUCAGGUGAUGUUACACUACCUGCUACCAUGGAUGAACAAUAUUGAGUUGGUAGAUUUUAAACCACCUGCAAAAAAACAAGAGGAAGAGGAGGAUGAUGACAUGAAGGACAGAGAGUUAAUGAUGACUAGCCGCUGGCUUCGUGGAGAGGGCUGGGGAUCUCCCCAUGCCACAGCCAUGGUGCUUAACAACCUUAUGUUUAUGACUGCAAAGUAUGGGGAUGAGUUUGCCUGGUCAGAAAUUGAAAAUGUUUGGACAACACUUGCUGAUAGUUGGCCAAAGAAUCUGAAGAUAAUACUGCAGUUUUUAAUAGGCAUGUGUGGUGUGACCAGUGAGCCCAGCCUGUUAACUUAUGUUAAAAAAGUGGUAGUAUAUCUGGGCCGAGACAAAACCAUGCAGCUUCUUGAGGAACUUCUAAGUGAACUUGAACUUACUGAACCUGUCUGCUCAGCAGUGACACAUAUGGACAACCCACCAUACUAUCGCAUCACUUCAAGCUACAAAAUCCCUUCUGUUACCUCAGGUACUACCUCUAGUAGCAAUACAAUGGUUGCAGGGACUGAUGGUCACCAUGACACCAAGAUAUUGAAAGACAGCAAUCUGGAAGACAACUGCGUCCACCUGGAUAUUUACAGUGGACUAAACAACAAUCUGAAUAGACAACAUCAUCGACUAGAAUCCCGCUACAGCAGCAGCUCUGGUGGAUCAUAUGAAGAGGAGAAGAGUGAUUCAAUGCCACUCUAUGCUAACUGGAGACUGAAGGUGAUGGAACACAAUCAUUCAGAACCUUUGCCUUUCCCACCUUCAGGAGGCUGUUGGGCACCACUUGUAGACUACUUACCAGAAACUAACACCCCUGGAGUAACUCUGCACAGGUGCAAUAUUGCAGUUAUCCUUUUAACAGACCUUAUUGUUGAUCAUGGGGUAAAAGUGGAGUGGGGAAGUUACUUGCAUCUUCUACUGCAUGCAGUGUUCAUAGGUUUUGAUCACCAGCAUCCAGAAGUCUAUGAACACUGCAAGAGGCUGCUUCUUCACUUGCUUAUAGUUCAAGGAUCCAAUAGCAAUGUCCAAAGUCUAGCCUCUGUGUUGCUACGAAACAGGGAGUUCAAUGAUCCUCGAGUCCUGACCAUUAAGCAGGCAGCUCCUGUUGAAUAUGGUUUCACAGGGAUAUGUGAUUUUGUACCAGAUUAUCAGCCAUCACCAAUGACGGAUUCAGGUCUUAGUUCAAGUUCUACCUCUUCUAGCAUCAGCUUAGGAAUGACAAGCACAGGCAUUCCUCAACUUACAUCUACCAUUUUAAAUGAAGUUGAUAUUUCAGCAGAGCAAGAUGAAAAGGUUAAAUCACUAAUUGAAUUUAUCAGUUCACGAAAGCGAGGUCCUUUAUGGAACCAUGAGGAUGUUUCCCCAAAAAACCCAAGUAUUAAGAGUGCUGAACAAUUGACUGUGUUUCUCAAACAUGUUGUGGCUGCAUUCAAACCGUCUCAUACAGGCUUUCAACUAGAACAGCUUCUGAGUGAAGUGGCCCUGCAGACUGCACUUUCUUGUUCCUCUCGGCAUUAUGCUGGUCGCUCAUUCCAGAUAUUUAGAGCUCUAAAGCAGCCUCUCACAGCAAACACACUUUCUGAUGUUUUGUCAAGGUUAGUGGAGACAGUCGGAGAUCCAGGUGAAGAUGCUCAGGGCUUUGUUAUUGAACUGCUGCUUACCCUGGAGUCUGGCAUAGAUACAUUAGCAGAAACAAUUAAAAAUUAUGAUUUCCUCUCAGUACUUUCACAAGCAUCAUACCAUGACCCUUUGUCUGGCACAAAGUUUGCUGCAAACAGAAAAAGCACUGGACAACUGAAUCUGCGUUCAAGUCCAAUGAGUAGUGGGCACUUCCACAACCAUUGCAGUCAUGCACGUAGUAACUCAUUAAAGGCUAGUCUAAUGGGAGAACAUAAGGGUGACCGGAGACGGAGUAAUACACUGGACAUUAUAGAUGGUCGAAUGAACCAUAACAGUCUAGCAAGGACUAGAAGCUUAUCCUCUCUAAGAGAGGGAGGGGUCUAUGAUGUGCAGCCGACCAUUGACCCCAGUAACUUAAUGGCUACAAUCUUUUGGAUUGCCACUUCCUUGCUGGAGUCAGACUAUGAAUUUGAGUAUCUCCUUGCCCUCCGGCUUUUAAACAAGUUACUUAUUCAGCUUCCCUUAGACAAGUCAGAGAGUCGGGAAAAAAUUGAAAAAGUACAAAGCAAGUUGAAAUGGUACAACUUUCCAGGACUUCAGCAGUUAUUCCUCAAGGGCUUUACAUCUACUUCCACACAGGAAUUGACUAUACAUCUCCUGAGUAAGCUCAUUACAAUUUCCCGUCAUACUCUAGUGGACCCAUCACAAGUAGCAGGUUUUCCAUUAAACAUAUUGUGCCUUUUACCUCAUCUUAUUCAACAUUUUGAUAGUCCUACACAGUUUUGCAAAGAAACAGCAGACAAAAUUGCGAAGGUAUGUGCAGAGGAAAAAUCGGCAACUUUGUCCAACCUUGCACACAUGAUGAGUUUAUACAGUACACACAGCUAUUCCCGAGAUUGCUGUAACUGGAUUAAUGUAGUUUGCCGGUACAUUCAUGAUUCAUUUUCUGAGAUAACCUUCAAUCUAGUCACCUACCUUGCUGAGUUGCUGGAAAAGGGUUUGUCCAGCAUGCAGCAGUCUUUGCUUCAGAUAAUCUAUAGCCUUUUAAGUCAUAUUGACCUCUCUGCAGCUCCAGUAAAGCAGUUCAAUCUGGAAAUCAUGAAAAUAAUUGGUAAAUAUGUACAGAGUCCUUACUGGAAAGAGGCUCAAAAUAUCCUCAAGCUGGUAGUUUCUCGUUCUGCAAGUCUAGUUGUCCCAGAUGAGGUACAUCGCUCAUACAGUGGAGAUUCUACAGGCUCUCCAGAAAUUGCUUUUACAAGAAUCUUCAGUUCCUCAAAGGAGCUCCCUGGAAAGACUCUUGACUUUCAUUUUGAUCUAACAGAGACCCCCAUUAUAGGGCACAAAUAUGGGGAUCAGCAUAGUGCUGCUGGUAGGAAUGGAAAACCAAAGGUGAUAGCUGUAACAAGAAGCACCUCAUCAACUUCCUCAGGAUCCAACUCCAAUGCGUUAGUACCUGUAAGCUGGAAGAGGCCCCAGUUAUCACAGAGAAGAACACGAGAAAAGUUGAUGAAUGUCCUUUCUCUGUGUGGACCAGAAUCUGGACUUCCCAAGAAUCCAUCUGUUGUGUUUUCAUCUAAUGAAGAUCUUGAUUCAGGAGAUCAGCAGGCAAGCCUCAUUUCCACCACAGAAGAAGCAAUACGAGAAGAGGAGGCAGCAAUAGAGGAUACCAGUAGUGAGCAACAGUUUGGAGUUUUCAAGGAUUUUGACUUUCUUGAUGUGGAGUUGGAAGAUGCUGAGGGUGAAAGCAUGGACAACUUUAACUGGGGCGUCCGCAGACGUUCAUUAGACAGCAUCGACAAGGGAGACACUCCAUCUCUGCAGGAGUGCCAGUAUUCGGGUAGCACACCAAGCCUGAACCUCACUAACCAGGAGGACACUGAUGAGUCAUCGGAGGAGGAGGUAUUGACUGCUAGCCAGAUACUAUCCUGCUCACAUCUACUUAAUAGUGACUCAGCCACAGAUGAUGCAGCAUCCAACCAUGUGGAUUCACUUCUUCAGUCCCAGGAGUCUUCUAGCAGCGCAGUUACAGAGGAGGCAGUUCCCACCCGGCCUGAGAGUCCAUCUCUAGAGCCCACUCCUCCUGAUAACAUUACUGGCCAGCUGCCUGAGGAUUCAAAUGCGUCUGGGAGUGAGGAGCAGAUGAGCAUUGUGAGUGAAGACACUGGCUCUUUUACUGUUCCACAAAUGCCACAGGAUUCUCCUGAAUGUCAAGAUAACCAUGGUGUCCAAGACUGUCAAGAUGGAUUACAUUUACAAGUUUGUGAAAGUCCUCCAGGGUCCAUUUGUGAAGAAGAUGUUACAUUAGCUUUAAAAGAGCUGGAUGAGAGGUGUGAAGAGGAAGAGGCCGACUUCUCUGGCCUUUCAAGCCAAGAUGAAGGAGACCAAGAAAACUUUCCAGAAGUGCACACCUCACCUCCUCCUUCACCAUUUCUGUCGGCCAUUUUGGCAGCCUUCCAGCCAGUAUCCUAUGAUGAUGAGGAAGAUGCAUGGCGGUGUCAUGUCAACCAGAUGCUUUCAGAUACAGAUGGGUCCUGUGCUGUUUACACAUUUCAUGUCUUCUCUAAGCUGUUUCAGAGUAUUCAGAAAAAAUUUGGAGCCAUCACCAGUGACUCAGUGAGCUUUUUGGGAGAGAGUCUACAAAGAAUCGGUUUCAAGUUUAAAAGUUCAUUGGAGGUUAUGAUGUCUUGUUCUGAAUGCCCCACUGUGUUUGUGGAUGCGGAAACUCUUCUGUCUUGUGGGUUACUUGAGACGUUAAAAUUCAGCGUUUUAGAACUUCAAGAGCACCUUGAUACUUACAAUGCCAAACGAGAAGCGGCCGAACAGUGGUUAGACAACUGUAAGAAAACAUUUGGAGAAAAAGAUUGUGCCUGCAGAUCUAACACAGAAACCCAGCAAAUGGAAGUUCUAGCAGAGCUCGAGUUGUGUCGGAGGCUCUACAAACUGCAUUUCCAGCUGCUGCUACUUUUCCAGUCGUACUGUAAAUUAAUCAGCUGUGUCGACAGCAUUAAGAGGGAGUCUGAGGUCAUUAACAUGUCAGAGGAGCUGGGCGAACUUGAAGCCUGCCUGAAAGAGGCUGAAGCCAUGGCAGAGAACGAGGAUGAGGAGCUGGCAGUUCCAGAGGCCGCCCAGACCAACAUCGAGACGGCCAUUCAUUGUGUCAUUGAGGCUCUGAGAAACAAGGAGUUUGCAGCUGCACUGGCACAAGUCAAGGCAUUCAGAUCCAUAUGGCCAAAUGACAUCUUUGGCAAUGCCAGCGACAAUGCAGUUCAGACACUUCUGAACAAUUACUUUCGCCAUCAAACACUGGGUCACACUGGCAUUUUUGCUAUAGUGGGUUGUAACAGAGACCUCUCCGAGGCCAGCGCCAAGCUGAUGGAGCUCAACCUGGAGAUCCGCGAGUCACUCCGCACAGUGCAGUCCUGCCAGCUCUUCACACAGGCCAAGCACUCAGGCUCACCUGUCAUCAGCACUGGAUUGUAAGGAGGACAUAAAGGACGACAAACGAGGAGCUGGGUGCCUGAUGACCUGACACCAACUUCUCUCUGCAAACCCUUGUGCUCCCCAGAUUCUGCCGAGGAGGUAAAACCCGAUACCUUGUGCAGUAUAAAGUAUGCAACCAUUUAAUCCUGCUAAACGCACCUCAGACAUUCUGGAAGGGACAUACAUGCAAGCUCAACUGCAAUAAUAUCGCAAAGCAAAAGCGCAAAAACUGAGGGCAGGGGGAUUAAUGGGAAAAAAAGCAACCCUUCCAGAUGAUCAGCAGGGCUUCCAAGCUUUGCCUGCACUCGCACUGUCCAUAUAGCAUGAAGUCCUAGGGGGGCCUGCCUGCCAACUCCCCCCCAAGGACGGAUGAACAGCCAGGAUUGACGAUUUCAAACAUCUCAUGGCGUGGGCUUUCAGAAAGGUGCAAGUGGAAGAUGCGACUGUCAUGAUGUCUUCAUUUAUUAUAAGGCUUCAGAGCAUGCUUCAAAACAGCACUGCAAGAAUUUUUUUUUUUUUUUUGGGGAAAAACAAACCUAUUUUUAUUACAGCUAACAUCCUUAAACUGUGUAAAUGUUAGAGUAUUUAACAUAAAAUUUUACUGGGCUUUCCCAGGGAUGUAAAGAAAAUAAUAUAUCUCUAACUUUAUUGGGCUGCUGCCCAGUGGCCUUGGCCAUCUUGGGCCAGCCUCUGUGAUGAACACCAAUCUUAACUAACCAAAAACAUAGGCGCCUGUAGAAACUGUACAUCAGCAAUUUUCAGUAUGACAAGGCAGUAACUUAUUUUAUUCUGUAAAUAUUUUAGAAAUGUAUAGUGUAAAACCAGUAUUUUUCUUGUAUAUUUGUUCAAUGCACUGUUAAUGCAUAAUAUGUUUGUAAAGUUAAUGCAAAAAAA